GAAAAGAAAGAUUUAUAUUGCAGUUAAAUUCAGUAAUUACCCUCUAAAAAUAGUAAUAACCCUGCUGACAUCCUCCACCUCCGAACCAACCGUGAAAACUAGAGGAAGAGAAUUGGUAUAAGACUCGGUCUUGGCUAUCUCUAUUCCAAUUUAUAAGCUUCUCAUCUCACUCUAACUUGGGUUUCCCUUCUCAGUGACUGCCCAUUUCUCAUUCAUAGCCGCGUUCUCGAACGCGGCAAAUUCACCACCAGCUAACCCAUAACCACACUUUUUAUUUUUUCCCUCUCUAUAUUUUUUUAUUGAAAAAAUAAAUUCAUUCUUGCCCUGCAAGAAACUAGAAAAUGAAAGCAAAUUUAGGACUGGAGGUUCCAUGGCAACUGGUAAUGCUAAUUCUCAUUGCCUUAUCAUCUGUACUCUUUCAUGCUUGCCAUGGCCAAACCGAUGAUUAUGAAAAUCCUGCAGCCCCACCACCGGGCCUGGAUGAAUGCAAUGGAUUAUUUCUCACCUAUUCUUUCAUAUCCCGCGAAAAAGAAUAUCCAAGGGUAAAGAAUGCAUCCGCACAGGCAUGGGCGUUCAAAUCAUUGGCAACGAUAACCAAUACAGGCCAAUAUGAACUAAAGGGUUGGCAAAUGUUUGUAGGCUUUCAGCACAAAGAAAUUUUAGUCUCUGCUUCCGGGGCAAUCGUCGUCGAUGGUGAUGAUUUCCCUUUGGAAGUUGGCAAUGGGACAACCUUCUCAGGAAAUCCGAUGACGGACCUGAAGACCGCAAUUGACACAGCAGGAGAUUUCACCCAGAUUUCAGCACAGAUUGAGAUUACAGGCUCGGUAUUUGGAAUUAAGCCACCAGGAGUGCCUAUGCCAAAGAAUAUAAAGCUUGUUAAUGCUGGGUACAAAUGCCCUAAAGCAACUUCGAAAGGAAAAACCUACAUGCAAGUUUGCUGUAAGAAGGAUCCAAAAGCCAAGGUUGUCAAGAAAAUGCUCAAAUUCUUGCCUCGUCAAUACGGGGAUCUCUCUCUCACUUACGAUGUGCUUCAAGCCUACGGUAGCAACUACCAGGCCCAAGUUACUAUUGAUAAUAUCAAUCCAUUAGGCCGGCUUGAUCACUGGAACUUAACCUGGGAAUGGAUGAAUGGAGAGUUCAUUUCCAAAAUGAGAGGAGCCUACACUCACAAAAGAGACUUUUCCGAAUGCGUUUACGGUCCUGCUGGAAAAUAUUACAAAGAUCUAGACUUCUCCACUGUUAUGAACUGUGAAAAAAAGCCAGUCAUCGCAGAUCUUCCUCCGGAAAGAAAAAAUGAUUCACAAGUUGGGAAGUUGCCAUACUGUUGUAGAAAUGGUACCCUUUUGCCAUCUAUAAUGGAUGAGAGCAAGGCAAGGUCCAUAUUCCAAUUGCAAGUCUACAAGAUGCCUCCUUUCUUGAACAGGACUGCCCUUGUACCACCCGAGAAAUGGAAGAUUGAUGGAGUAGUCAAUCCUCAAUACAAAUGUGGCCCUCCAAUCAGAGUAGAUCCAACAGAAUUUCCUGAUUCAAGUGGACUUGAUUCUACAACUUAUGCUAUUGCAAGUUGGCAAGUGACUUGCAACAUAACGCGUCCGAAGGAGAAGCUUUCACGAUGCUGUGUUUCUUUCUCUGCUUAUUACAACAGAUCUGCCAUUCCCUGCAAUACUUGUGCCUGUGGUUGUGACAAUAAUAAAGGUUGCAGCAAGACUGCAAGAGCAAUGCUUCUCCCAGCAGAGAGUCUUCUUGUGCCUUUUGAUAACAGGACAACCAAGGCAUUAGCAUGGGCUGAUCUCAAUAAAUUCAAAGUUCCAAACCCAAGACCAUGUCCUGAUAAUUGUCCAGUUAGCAUCAAUUGGCAUAUUGACUCUGAUUACAAGACUGGAUGGACUGCUAGUGUCACUCUUUUCAACUGGGAUGAUUCUCCUUUCGAGGAUUGGUUUUCUGCAAUCCAAAUAAACAAAGCCUAUAAGGGCCUUGAAGGUGUGUAUUCCUUCAACGGAACCUCGUUUGACAACCUCAACAAAACUAUCUUGCUUCAAGGCCUACCAGGUUUGAAUUUCUUGGUGGGAGAGGUAAAUGGAACUAAACCAGGAGAUCCAAGGAUUCCUGGAAAGCAACAAACUAAGAUAUCAUUUACCAAAAAACAUACCCCAGGCAUAAAUAUAGCACGGGGUGAUGGGUUUCCUACAAGAAUACUCUUCAAUGGAGAAGAGUGUGCUCUGCCUAAGCAAAUCCCCCUGUCGAUUGCAGAGCAAAAAUCUCCUUCUAAGUUCCUCACAGUCAUAAUCAUGGCAAUCAUGACUUUCAUUACGAUGACAGAUCACCUUCAUUGAUCAUCUUUCAAGGUUAAAAUUCCGGUUUAUUUUUUUUUUGUAUGGAAUUCGCUUGGGUGAGCAUUUGUCUUGCCUGUAUCUAUUUCAAUGAAAGCUUUUUAGCACUUUUGUAAAGACUAGACAGCAACCACUUUCUUGCUCAUGACACAACUUUUCUGCCUCAGCAGCGGAGCAGGAAGAAGUCUGUGACAAGAAAUGGAGCAUGAUGCAACAAUGAGUCCAGGGCCUGUAUCUUCUGAAGUUGAAUAUCAAACGGAAGAUGAGAAAGGUUGUAACCAAGUUCAAAACUGAAAAAAGUAUCAUAAUUUUUACGUAACUCCAACUACUACCAGCAGUUAAUUAUAUGCAAAACAGUGAUGAAUUGCCCUCUGUAUACCGAUUCCAUACCUGUCUUUUUGUUUAUCUAGCAUGCCUUGAUGAUGUUUUAAUGGUAAUAGAAUAACUUUCAGUC